CGGCUUGGACUUUAUAAAAGCCCAAGUGGAAUGUCGAACUCAUCACAGAAGAACAAGGGAGUUUUGGCAGCAAAGUCACCAUGUCGAAGAUCACUCUGUUUAUUGCAUUCAUUUGCCUUUGCGUGGUCGUUCAGGCUCAAAAUGAAAGGGAAAUUUGCCGACGUGUGAAUGAAAGAUGUCUGUCCAGGGCCGAAAGAAAUGGAAGGACCAACGAUGUCUCGGACAGUUUCAACGAAAGCUGUCGCCGCACCGAGAGGAACUGGCGCAACAUCACCCGGUGUGAACUCGCAAGGGCCACUUGUCUUUUGACUCUGGAACGAUGUGAAUCCUUGUCUUGUGAGAAUGUCAGGCGAGCUAUAGAUCGCCGACCUACCGAAUAAGGAACCAAUACCGAACUUUUUGAUUUUUCAAAAACAAAGUGAAAACCAUUGAACUGCGAAAUAAAAAACACUUUAAUGCUCUCUA